CAGUAGGACCCCAGAGACGCCUCCGUGUUGUGCCAGACUUUUUUAGUGACACCGGCGAGAAGUCUCGUGUUAGUUUGAUGAGAGUUAAGCGAUAAUUCAUCACAGAAUGGACAAAACUGUCAAUCUGCCACAUCAACCCAACAAAACCACCACAAUAACUUUGGUGGAGACCAGCAGUAACCCAAGUGGAAUGAUGCUGGUGAAUCCCUACCAGACUAACCGGGUUGGGGAUCCCAUGGACCUAGUUUGUCUGGCACAGCAAGUACAGAAGGGAGAUGAAUUUAUCAGAGCCAAUGCUUGCAAUAAACUUACAGUCAUUGCUGACCAGAUAAGAUACCUUCAGGAGCAAGCAAGAAAGGUUUUGGAAGAUGCCAAGAAAGACGCUGAGCUUCAUCACGCCGCCUGCAAUGUUGUGAAGAAACCAGGAAACAUGUAUUAUCUUUACAUGCGUGAAUCCGGACAGCGAUACUUCUCGAUUCUGUCUCCACGGGAAUGGGGUCCUAGUUGCCCUCACAAGUUCCUUGGCGGAUACAAACUCCAACACGACAUGUCUUGGACACCACAGGAGGAGGUUGAAAAACGGGAUGCUGAAAUUGGCAUCAUGGACAAACUGUUGAACAGGCAAAUUGCUCUACCAGCCAGCACAGAGCCUAACUUUGAGGGUAUUUCACAGUGAAAGGGCACAGCUCACUCAUGGACUGUCUUAUCUGGCCAUGAAGGCCAACUGGUCUUAAAAGAUACUAAUCGUUUGUUAAUACAGAGGAUAAUUCGCAAACCUGGAUUGCCUUGUCACUACUGCAUUAAUGAACCUGUCAUUUAAUCAUGCAUUUAAUGUCUUUAUGGUCAGAUUUUCCAUGCUGCUUUCUCAAAUGUAUCUUAAUUUAAGAACUAUUUGCCAUUUGGUUUUUAGUAAAGUCCCCCUGUGGUGAAAACAUUAAAAACUUGAUUGUU